ACUUGGCUAGGUCUCCCCAGCCUUCUUCACUCUCCAAACUUUCACCAAACUCUUGGCCCCCGCCUCCCCGAAACCAAAACACAACAAACUCAGGAGGAGCGGCGAGCAGCUCGGCGGGGCGGGCAGACUCGCGGCGGCACAGAGCCUCAAGAGGCUGAUGCAACUUUCCCUUUAAGAGAGCCACCUGGGCGCACCGCGGCGCGGACCCAGCUCGCCUGGGCCGGGGGCUGCAGCAUGCUCUGGAGGCCUAUACUCUGAAAGGUGCUAGAAACAAAGCCUGUGAGUGUGAUCUGGGACUCCAGAACCCCUAACCCACCACCACCAUGGUAGGAAAAGGUGCCAAAGGGAUGCUGAAUGGUGCUGUGCCCAGUGAGGCCACCAAGAAGGACCAGAACCUCAAACGGGGCAACUGGGGCAACCAGAUCGAGUUUGUACUGACGAGCGUGGGCUAUGCCGUGGGCCUGGGCAAUGUCUGGCGCUUCCCAUACCUCUGCUAUCGCAACGGGGGAGGAGCCUUCAUGUUCCCCUACUUCAUCAUGCUCAUCUUCUGCGGGAUCCCCCUCUUCUUCAUGGAACUCUCCUUUGGCCAGUUUGCAAGUCAGGGCUGCCUGGGGGUCUGGAGGAUCAGCCCCAUGUUCAAAGGUGUGGGCUACGGCAUGAUGGUGGUGUCCACGUACAUCGGCAUCUACUACAAUGUGGUCAUCUGCAUCGCCUUCUACUACUUCUUCUCGUCCAUGACGCCCGUGCUGCCCUGGACCUACUGCAAUAACCCUUGGAACACGCCCGACUGCAUGAGCGUGCUGGAUAACCCCAACAUCACCAACGGCUCGCAGCCUCCUGCCCUGCCUGGAAACGUCUCUCAGGCGCUCAACCAGACCCUCAAGAGGACAAGCCCCAGCGAGGAGUACUGGAGGCUCUACGUGCUGAAGCUGUCAGAUGACAUUGGAAACUUCGGGGAGGUACGCCUGCCCCUCCUCGGCUGCCUGGGUGUCUCCUGGGUAGUCGUCUUCCUCUGCCUCAUCCGCGGGGUCAAGUCUUCAGGGAAAGUGGUGUACUUUACGGCCACAUUCCCCUACGUGGUGCUGACCAUCCUGUUCAUCCGUGGCGUGACCCUGGAAGGAGCCUUCACGGGCAUCAUGUACUACCUGACCCCACAGUGGGACAAGAUCCUGGAGGCCAAGGUAUGGGGGGACGCUGCCUCCCAGAUCUUCUACUCGCUAGGCUGCGCGUGGGGCGGUCUCAUCACCAUGGCUUCCUAUAACAAGUUCCACAACAACUGUUACCGAGACAGUGUCAUCAUCAGCAUCACUAACUGUGCCACCAGCGUCUAUGCCGGCUUCGUCAUCUUCUCCAUCCUGGGCUUCAUGGCCAACCACCUGGGUGUGGACGUGUCCCGCGUGGCAGACCACGGCCCAGGCCUGGCCUUUGUGGCAUACCCAGAGGCCCUCACACUGCUGCCCAUCGCCCCACUGUGGUCCCUGCUCUUCUUCUUUAUGCUCAUCCUGCUGGGGCUGGGCACUCAGUUUUGCCUCCUAGAGACGUUGGUCACAGCCAUUGUGGAUGAGGUAGGGAAUGAGUGGAUCCUGCAGAAAAAGACUUACGUGACCUUGGGCGUGGCUGUGGCUGGCUUCCUUCUGGGCAUCCCUCUCACCAGCCAAGCAGGCAUCUACUGGCUGCUGCUGAUGGACAACUACGCGGCCAGCUUCUCCUUGGUCAUCAUCUCUUGUAUCAUGUGUGUGUCCAUCAUGUACAUUUACGGGCACCAGAACUACUUCCAGGACAUCCAGAUGAUGCUGGGGUUCCCACCGCCCCUCUUCUUCCAGAUCUGCUGGCGCUUCGUCUCACCAGCUAUCAUCUUUUUCAUUCUCAUCUUCUCGGUGAUCCAGUACCAGCCAAUCACCUACAACCAAUACCAGUAUCCAAGCUGGGCCGUGGCCAUUGGCUUCCUCAUGGCUCUGUCCUCUGUCAUUUGCAUUCCACUCUACGCCCUGUUCCAGUUCUGCAGAACAGAUGGGGACACCCUCCUCCAGCGUUUGAAAAAUGCAACAAAGCCAAGCAGAGACUGGGGGCCCGCCCUCCUGGAGCACCGAACAGGGCGCUACGCCCCCACCAUUCCACCCUCCCCCGAAGACGGGCUUGAGGUCCAGCCGCUGCACCCGGACAAGGCCCAGAUUCCCAUGGUGGGCAGUAAUGGCUCCAGCCGCCUGCAGGACUCCCGGAUAUGAGUGCAGCUGCCAGGGGAGUGCCCAACCCCCACCCUGUGCUCCCAACACAGAGACUGGGGAGACGGUGGAUAGGUGUCACCGCCUGCCCCCACCAUGCCCUGGCCAGGGGUGGCACCUGUCACCUUGGCCACCACUGCUAGCGCGGUCAUUCGUGCUAACGUCCCUAGUGUUUACAGGUCCUUUGGAUGCCAAGAUGGCAGCUGGGGGGUGUGGGUGAUGGGGGGGGAGGGCGCGUUGCUGGGGGGCCCAAUAGCACUUUGGAGGGGUCUCAGGCCAGGUCCCCAGAGGCCUGCUGGGCUUCACGUGGCCUCUGAUGCCCCCACACUUUGCCCUGAGCUGAGGUUCUGGGUGGGUCUCCUACCUGUCCCUUGCCCCGAGCCUCCAGCCUCCUGACCAGUGUUCCUGCCCUUGGGAUGGACCCCAGCCUCCGCCCAGGCUAAUUCGGAUCGUCCUACCUGGAGGCAGGGCGAGGGGCCGGGGGGGGCUGUGCAGUGUUACGGGUCAGGCUGUGUGGCCCGGCCCUUUUGUCUGUGUGAUUAUUUUUGUAAAAAGUGUAUUAUCUGUGGUUGCCACCCCAUCGCCCUUGGCCUCGGGCCCAAUCUGUGUUCCAGGCCCACCUGCACCUCACUCGGCGGCUCUGAGGUCUCUGUGCCUCCUUCCAGCACUGGCUGUCAGGGCCAGCCCAGCAGAGGCCCAUGACCCAACAGCCUGCCCAAAGAACUCAUUUCUGGGGGGUAGGGGUGGGGUGAUGCUCAGCAGGAGGGUUGAGCCCAGAGCCCCGGGGAAGGGGACCCUACACGACACCCCCUUGCCCUACCACCACCAGGCUAAAGCCCAGUCUUCCUGAACUGGGCUACCCUUGUUCACGUGCCAAAUCGCCCCAGCCCGUGUGCCCCAACCCCUCUCUGGAGCCAGAACUCCUUCCCCCAAGCCCUGCAGUGUCCGUGUAUCCAUCCUCCGUGCCCGUCUGUGCAGUGACAGCCCCGGAAGAGCCGCCUCUAAUCCUCUGUAGCAAUAACGGUGCGCCUCCCACCCCCGACCAUCCGCGCACCACUAGGAUUUUAAAGUCCAUAGGUUUUAAUGAAAUUUCUAUUCCUGUCUCUGA